UGUUUCUUAGUAGAACAGUUUGGACAUCACCAAAAUUCCAAGCUUUUCUUCAGAAAUCUGUACACUGCACCAAAAAUGGCUACACAAGAAAAGACGCUCAAUCUGAGAAAAGACCAUUCAGAGCCAAGCUAAGACUGGACCCACAGAAUGGUUCUGAAAGAAGCAUCGGCUUACCUGGGUGUGUGGCUUCUCUGUACCUUGAUUCCACCUUUGCUCACAGAUGAAGCUGUCAUUCUGCCAGCCCCUCCAGAUCUUUCAGUACAUUCUACUAAUAUGAAACAUAUCUUGACUUGGAGUCCCGUGAUUGUCCCUGGAGAAACAGUAAAUUAUUCAGUUGAGUACCAGGGAGAAUAUGAAAGAUAUUAUACUAGCUCCCACUGGAUCCCCAGUAGUUGGUGUUCUUCCAUUAGCAUCCCAGAAUGCAAUGUUACAGAUGACAUUACGGCCACAGUGGCUUAUAACUUUCGGGUCAAGGCAAUAUUGGGCACUCAAAGUUCAGCCUGGAGCACUCUGAAAGAGCUUUUCAAUCGCAACUCCACUGUCCUCACCUCUCCCAGAAUGAAAAUUAUCAAGGAUGGCUAUCAUUUAAUAGUGGAAUUUGAGGACAUGGGGCCAUAUUUUGAAUUCAAUGUUACUUAUUGGAAGAAGAGCCCCAAUUCUCAGAAGGAACUCUACAAGAUUGUGAGGGAAGGUGGCAGUCUAGAACAUCUGGUGACUAUGGAGGCGGGAGCUGAAUACUGUGUGAAAGCCCAGACUGUCGUGGAAGUUAUUGAGAGAAGCAGUGCCUUUAACCAAGUUGAAUGUAUCAGAGCACAAGAUGAAUCCCAUCUGCUGGCUCUGGUCCUAUUCUCCUCUACGGGUUUAAUACUGCUUGUAGUGGGUCUGCCUCUAUUCAUCUGGAAAAUGAGCCAGUUGCUGCGGUAUUCUUGCUGUCCUGUUGUUGUCCUUCCGGAUACAUUGAAAAUAACAGAUUCACCUCAGAAGUUAAUAAGCUGUAAAAAGGAAGACAUUGAAACCUGUGACACAGUUGUGCGGGUGAUGUACUCUGACGAGCUCUUUCGUUCAUGGAUACAAGAGGCUUUGUAGAAAACUCUGGCUGCCUUGUGAAAUACAGAGUAGCUGGACAUCAGGAGCAAUCAAAGAAGAAAAUUUCACUCUCAGGAAAGGAAAUCAGAGAACUCAGGAUAUAACUUGUGAUUUAUUUGCCCGGAAUUAGCUGUUUGGCAGAAAUACUUCAGGAAGACUUUUACCAGUGAUAUCCUGGUAUCAUAGAAGGUUCAUUGAACUAGAUGUUGGAAAGUCUAGGCUCUAGCCUUGGUUCUGCUGCUAAAUGACUAUAUGAAUAUGGAAAAGCCAUUUUCAUUCUCUGGACCUCCAUUUUCUAUAAAAUUAUAAAAUGAUACAGUUGGACUAUAUGACCAUUUGAUUUUAUGAAGCAGGAUUCUGAUAUACUAAUAGUAUUAGCUGACAUUCAUGCUAGCCAAGCAAAAAUUGACAAAAUUUUAUUUUACUUAACUACCUUCAUAAAUGUUCUUACCAUCAGUCCUGGAGAGUUGGUAUCCCCUACCUUCCACUAAUACAGAAGCUGCUUGAAUGUUAGCUAUGGAUAUAUUGACAUCCAUUUGGUCUUCUCAGGUAUUGAAAUGUAUUGUUCACAAUUUAUUAAUUUCCAGUCAGUUGAUAUUAUUUUAAAAAUGUCUUUUCAUUAAAAAGGGAAUGGUGAUUGCCACUAUUAUAGAUACACAAAGAACUAUUUGAGAAGGACCUUUUUGAAAUGGAAUGUAGUGAGGUCUUGGAGCAAGUCCUGGCAAGGAUGGAUUUUAAGAAAAGUAAAGGAUCAAAUAGUUCAGAAUGGUAGCUUAUAUUCUUAUUCUUCCAUUUUAGUCAUAAGUGUGUCUUUCUGACCAGACUGUAAGCUCUAUAAGAGGAGAAAUCACAUCUUGUUUACAUUUUUAUAUCUUUCAACAUGUGCAUCCAGAAUGUACCUAAUAAAUAUUUUUGGAUGGAUGAAA